CUCCUUGUGAUUAUGUUUUUGGAUUUGAAACCCGAACAGCCAAACCAUAACGAAGCUUCCUAAGAUCGAGAAAUCCCAAAACUUUCAAAUUUCCAGUUUUACAUUUCUUCAAUUAUCAUCAAUCUUUAACAAUGGCUGCCGAAAAUGAACCAGCUAAGCAGUUACUUCCGUAUCUUCAACGCGCCGAUGAACUUCAGAAGCACGAACCUCUUGUUGCUUAUUACUGUCGAUUAUAUGCGAUGGAGCGAGGGCUGAAGAUUCCUCAAAGUGAACGUACUAAGACUACUAGCUCUCUUCUUGUUUCUCUUAUGAAACAACUUGAAAAGGAUAAGAAGUCACUGACAUUGUCACCUGAUGACCACUUGCACUUGGAAGGAUUUGCCUUAAAUGUGUUUGCAAAGGCUGACAAGCAAGAUAGAGCUGGGCGAGCUGACAUAAAUACUGCAAAAACUUUUUAUGCUGCAAGUAUCUUCUUUGAGAUCCUGAAUCAAUUUGGAGAGCUUGCACCUGAUCUUGAGCAAAAGCAGAAGUAUGCAGUUUGGAAAGCUGCUGAUAUAAGGAAGGCUCUAAAAGAAGGAAGAAGGCCUGUUCCAGGUCCUCCUGGUGACGAAGAGGAGUCGUCCUCUCUGUCAAGUGCUCCAAGUGGCGAUUAUGGUGUUGAACCAAGGCAAACUGGACAUGAUAUUAACCUGGGUCCCGAACUGGAUCGAACACAUUCUGCUCAAUCCCAGGAUGGUUUGAAGAGACAGCCUUCUACUGAUAUCUCACCGUCACCUCCAUCAUUUCCUAGUGCUGAUUAUCCUUCCCGCAAUGCUGACUAUCCUUCCCACAGUGCUGACUAUCCUACACAUCCACCUGAUUAUCCUUCGUAUGAUUACCAAGCUGGUCAUGGUUUUGGAAGACAAGAGAACCCCACUUACCCUCAGCAAUAUCAGAGUCAAAAUUAUCCUCAAGAACCGCAACAUCUAUCUCAUAUUCCACAGGAUUAUCACUCUCAGGAAAUUCCCCCGCCUAAUGCUUAUCCCAACUUUCAAUCAUACCCGAGUUUUUCGGAAAGCAGUCUCCCAGCGGCCCCAUCACAUCAACCAUCUUACUAUCAAGGUCCUGAUGCAUCAUAUUCACACCAGUCUAUUCCGUCAGUGACGAACUAUGCAUCAGCUCAGUACAGUUCAAGUGGCAGGAAUGGCAGUGUACAAGAUGUCCCAACAAGUGUCCAAACUCCCAACAGUGUUCAGACAUACCAUUAUGAUAGCAACUACCAGCCCCCACCUGAGAAGAUUGCCGAAGCACAUAAGGCAGCAAGAUUUGCUGUAGGGGCAUUGGCGUUUGAUGAGGUCCCUGUGGCAGUUGAACACCUCAAGAAAGCACUCGAGUAUCUGACAAAUCCUUCUGCAGGUCAGUAGGUUUGUCGUUUGACACUACAGUGAUAAUUUGGCUGUUAUGAUGUUUCUGUUGCUUCACCUUUUUCGUAAAUGGAUUGCCUUGUAAAUUUUACCCGAUGAUUUUACCCCAAAUUCAUGAUGUGAAUAAGAUAUGUUUGCUUUCAAAGUGUGCUCUUGUCUUACAUCCUUAUGGUUGGGGUUUGAGAUUGCCGGAACUGUCUGAUAUCUGGAGUUGCCCCACCUAUUGGGUUGCAUGAUUUCUGUCUCCUGUUUAAAGGGACAUAAACACUGAGACACACACAACAAAAUUGCAUCCCAACUUCUUUUACUUUACCUUUAAGACCAUUCUGAAUGUUAUUUCAGAAAGUGUGCUAAUUAUUUGCCAAAAGUACAUGAAAGGGUUACCCAUUACGAAGAAUUACAUGAUUGCUAGUGUUGAGUGACUGUUCAGUGUUCACUUUAUUUCCUACAAUGAUUUAAGCCACUUUGUUUUAUCCAUGCACGAACCGACUUUCCUGCAUCUGCAAAAGAAUUUGGCUACAAAAAACUAAAUGUAUUUGAUUCCCAGUAUUUAUCCACAAUCACGAGUACUUAUGCUGUGUUCUUUUGUGUUUCGAAAUGAUUUGUAUGAACAUGAUGCCUGCUGUUGGCUCAACUCUUCAAACUGGAUAACCUUGUCUGCUUUAUUCUAUCCAAUGAAAAUUUCGUGAUGAAAAGUGUGAUAUCACCUUAACCUAGAUGAAUCAUUACUAAAUCUUGUUUCGGAAGCUCCAAGUUUUUUUCGAUGCAGAUGCCGAAAUUUGACACCAUAGUAGAAUUCCUUGUGAUGAAUACUGAAAUUUUUUCUAGUUACUACUGUUAAUUUUUAAGUGUUAAUUGCUAAAUUUAGUUGUUUUGAUUUUGCAUAUGUUAACUAUAUCGGCCCUUAUCGAUGUUUACUCAAGAAAGAAAUAAGAGUAUUUGUUUUUCUUUACGUAAACUCCAAUUCUUUUUUAUUUUUUCCUUCUAGUAGAGAACCUAAUCAUUUUGUAAUUUCAAAAUCCUAAUUUUUGUUGCAUUAUGUUAAAUUUCUUAGUAAAUGUCAGCUAGUUAAGCUUACAAAUUAUGUAAACAGGGUAUUCAAGAGGUCCUAUGUGGCAAUAGAUACUGUACUCUUAUAGCCAUAGGAGUACUUGUUUGGUAAUUCAAAUCUAAAAUGUAUCGACAUUCAUCCAUUUCCAAAGAAUGUUUAGACAUGUUAUAACUCGGACAAGGCAC